AUGCAGUCAAUAGAAAUUGACAAGUCUGACGAAUAUGUCCCCCGAACUCCAAGUACGACAUUUGUAAUGCAGCGGGAUACUGAGCUUACAUUUAUGGAUAUCCAUGGGACUCCGAAUGCUAUGCUUGCAAGCCUCGAGGAUAUAGUGUGCUCGGAAAACUUUACCUCUACUUCGGUCGAGCAGCCACUUGACCUUCGGUUCCUCGAGGUUGAUACCAUCAAUAGCAACGACCAGAAUCCGAUUCUAAGGCUCACAGAGAAAGGUCAAUAUAUCGGCAACAAGGAUUAUGUGGCCGUAUCAUACACAUGGCAAAGAUUCGACCCCAUUACCAACACGGAAGCAAUCUCUCGGUUUAGAGUUUCAGUCGGCGGCUCAGUACGAAAAGCACGAUCUCAAGACGCAGUUCUACAUCGAGCCAUCGAGUUUGCCAGAUCUACCAAUACUCCUCGGAUCUGGAUUGACCAAGACUGUAUUGAGCAGUACGAUCCAGAUGAUUUACAGCAGCAUCUACAUGUGGUGCAUAAGAUAUUCCAGCAGAGUCAACACGCCAUAGCUCUGUUGUCGUUCCAUAUCCGCCACCAACAUCAGGCAGAUUCCAUCCGGUGCAUCAACCAAGGUACAUUCCUCGACGAGUUGGAGAUGCCUCUCGAAAUGGCAGCAGAUGUCAUUUCGGGUCUUGCCGAUACGAUAGCAAGAACGGGACGAGUUAUCGCAGGAGUCAAUGACUCCAACAUCAUUUUCCGACCUAAGGCUAGAUCCACAGCAGAUGUACGACCUUCAAAAAAGGCUGGAGAGAUUCACCUACCGUUCAACACAUACGAGUCAUUCUUUGAAGCUUGA